UCUGCUGUUGCGGUUUGCUCUAAGGAGGCUAUCUGCAGCCCGGGAUCUAAUCUCUGCUGUUUGCUGUAUUUCUUCCAAGCUUCCUUUGGUUGGGCUUCUUGCUGUAGCUUUACUGACUUCUGGCACGGAUUGCCGUUAGAACCUCUUGGUGCGCAUUCAGAUCUGAUAGUGGGGAAAUUUCUGCUCCGAAGAAGGGCGGAGCGCCGGCCCAGCUGCGCGGGGUGCGGGUCGCCGUCCGCGGGGCCGCGGAUGUGGCACUGAGGCACCCGAGGGCGGGACGGCCGCUAAGUAGGUCAGCGGGGCCGGGAGCGCCGCCCGGCUGCCUGCGUGUCCCCCUCGUUCGCUUCAGGACUGAACUUUCUCCUCAGCCCCUCGCCGGCCCGGAGAAAUUCAGCCUAAAUACACAGCGACUCCCCGCUCCGAGUCUCCCCGCCUCGCGCCUGAGGAGGGGCGGGGCGGGGGAGGCUCGGGCAGCGGGCGGAGCGGCCAGCCGGCCUGACUUCCAGCGCUGCUGGAGCGGAGCGGGGCUGCGAGUGUAAGAGCUGCCCGCACGGUGCUGGCGGAGCGGGGCUGCGAGUGUAACAACUGCCCGCGGUGCUGGCGGAGCGGGGCUGCCAGCUCUUCAAAACAAGAUGCGUCUUCAAAUCAUUCUGACCGUGUCUGUGCUCUUGGGCUUCCUUCACGUGGCAGCUGCCCAGUGUAUGGUCCAUGAGAUUCAUCCCAGGAGCUUUACAUUGCCACGCCUGCUGCUGAACGAGACAUCUUUGAGUCCUGCUGCUGCUGCAGUGGUACAGAGCUGGUCUGGCUUGAGGAGAGAGCAUGGAGCUGCUGAAACCAGCCCUUCCUUGCUAAUGGAUGAGGACAGCUUUCUGUGUUGCCUUUGGAGCGAUAACAACACCAAUUGUUCUUUGUACAGAGGAAGCAUGCAAGCAAGGAUGCUUGUUGCUUCAGAAAUAAGCAUCUCUGCAUCCGAGGAAAGAGAUUCGAAUUGGAACAUUGAAUGUUGGGUUGAAGGCAAGCUGGAUCUGUUAGUUUGUAGCCUGCAGCUCCUGAAGUUUCAUGUGACACUUGAUAUGAAGGUUCAUCUUUUAUAUGCUGUGUCAGAGCUGCCCCUGGGAGAUACAUCUACCAGCUCCCUGAAGAGGUCUGCCCUGGCUGCUGAGUGUAACUGCAGUGAGUACAGCAAAUGUGAGUGCCACGUGCCUUCCCCAAGGCUCAACCACACUUACAUCAUGUGGCUGAAGACUGUGACUGGUGUAACGCCUCUCUGGUCACCCUUGAUGUCAGUCAAGCCCAUAGAUGUAGUAAAGCCUGAACCUCCUUUGAAUGUGCAUCUAGAAAUGACAGAGAGAGGUCAAGUGAAGAUCUGCUGGUCUGAGCCUGUAGCGAUGCCGUACCCGCUCCGCUACGAAGUGAACAUCUCUGGAAACUCAGGUCCAAAUGGCUGGCAGGUGGUUCAAGUUGCUUUAAAUACCUCAUUAGACAUAGACAGUACGCUGCUUGAUUCUUCCUCCUUUGCUCAAGUGCGGUGCAAGAAUCAUUAUGGUCCGGGGUUCUGGAGUGAAUGGAGCAUGCUGUACAACCUGAAUGUGGGAGCUGAAGUGCUGUACUUCCCUACUAAGAUACUGACCAGUGUUGGUUCUAACGUUUCAUUUCAUUGCAUCUAUAAAAACAAAACCAAGAGCGUAGCGUCCAAGAAGAUUGUUUGGUGGCUGAAUUUAGCAGAGGAAAUCCCAGAAAGUCAGUAUACGCUUGUGAACGAUCGCGUAAGCAAAGUUACUCUUUUCAACUUGAAAGCAACAAAACCUAGAGGAAGUUUCUUCUAUAACGCAUUGUACUGUUGCCAUCAAAAUAGGGAAUGCCAUCAUAGAUACGCUGAAUUAUAUGUAGUAGAUGUGAAUAUCAAUAUCAAAUGUGAAACUGAUGGGUACUUAACUAAAAUGACUUGCAGAUGGUCUGCAAACCCAAACGCGUUGCUCCUGGGGAGCUCCUUGCAGUUAAGAUACCACAGGAGCAAAAUUUAUUGUUCUAACUUUCCAAGUGCUCCUCCAGAAUCAGAGGUGAAAGAAUGCCAUUUCCAGAGGAAUCAUUCUUACGAGUGCACAUUUCAGCCUGUUUUUCUUUUAUCUGGAUAUACCAUGUGGAUUGAGUUUAAGCACUCGCUGGGAACACUUGAAUCCUCACCAACGUGUGUCGUUCCAGCAGAUGUGGUGAAGCCACUUCCUCCCUCCAACGUUAAAGCAGAGAUCACCAGAAAUGAUGGGCUGCUGAACGUGAGCUGGGCAAACCCUGUGUUUACAAGUGAUGACCUCAAGUUUCAGAUCCGGUAUGCAGUGAACGAGGAAGAGCUGACAUGGGAGCUGUACGAAGUUCUAAGUGUAUCAACAAGAUCAGCUGUGAUAGAAGUGCAGCUUUGUGUUGAAUAUAUUGUUCAGAUCCGCUGCAGAGCCCUGGAUGGUUUGGGCUACUGGAGCAACUGGAGCAGAUCAGCCUAUGCAGCUGUCAAAGAUAUCCAAGCUCCCUUACAUGGCCCUGAGUUUUGGAGAACUAUCACUGAAGAUCCAGCAACGGGGCAGAAGAACGUGACGCUGCUGUGGCAGCCGCUGAUGAAGAAUCACUCGCUGUGCAGCGUGAGGCGGUACGUUAUAAAGCAUCAGACAUCAGAAAACACCUCGUGGUCAGAAUAUGUCGACAGAGGCACCACCUCCUCGUUUCCAUGGACUGAACACACUCACACCGUUACAAUCUUAGCUGUGAAUUCAAUUGGAGCUUCUUCGGUUAAUUUUAAUUUAACUUUAUCACGACAAAUGAGCACAGUGAAUGCAGUGCAGUCUCUCAUUGCUUACCCAGUGAACAGCACGUGUGUGAUUUUGACUUGGACGCUUUCACCUCAAAUAUAUGUGGUAACAUCUUUAAUUAUUGAGUGGAGAAACCUUAACAAAGAAGAGGAGAUGAAAUGGGUGCGAGUUCCUCCAAAUGCUAGUAAAUACUAUAUUUAUGAUCACUUCAUUCUGAUUGAGAAGUACCGGUUCAGCCUGUACCCCGUGUUUGCUGCAGGAGUUGGCAAAUCCAGAGCCACGGACCAGUUCACCAAAGAUGGAUACGCCGCUCAGACCACGUCCAGCCUUCACACGGUUCUGCCAAUAGUAAUUUCAACCUCUGUGCUGUUGCUUGGAGCGCUGCUGGCUUCCCACCGCAGAAUGAAGAAGCUGCUCUGGGAAGAUGUUCCGAACCCCAAGAAUUGCUCAUGGGCACAAGGAGUUGAUUUUCAGCAGCCUGAAACGUUUGAGCAUCUUUUUGUCAAGCACCCUGAAGCAAUGUCAUUUGAGCCUCUUCUUCUGGAACCAGAAAUAGUGCUGGAAGACAUCAGUGUUAUUGAAGCUUUGAAACAAGACGAUACGCAAGAUUUCUUAGCAGUUGGUUCCACGUUCACAAAACCUGCAGACUCUGAGCACGACUCCGCGUGUCCCAGCAGCCAUUUCAGUGGUCGCAGCUUCCCGGAGUGCCCCCCCAGUGCCCCGAUCACUGCAGAAACAAGUCAGUCCAACGUUAAAUACGCCACUGUUAUCAGUAACUCUGGAUCAGGUGGGCUUUACGAACAGAAGAAGAAUCCCAGAAGUGGUUUUGAUAGGUGUUUGCUAGCUGAAGAACCCUUGGCUGCAGGUGCUUGCUCAGGUCGCUCCUGGGAGCUGGGAAAUGAGGAGUUCCUCCUGCUGCCUGAGCAGCCUGGCAGCCGGCCCUGCAAGACCCUUUCCCUUAUCUCUUCAGAGGGAUUUUCAGAGCCUUCAGAUCAGGAUGAUGCUUUCACAGAUGGAGGGAGUCCCGAGCGAGGUCUCUGUUACCUGGGGGUAACAUCACUGGACAAAAGAGAAAGCGACAUUUUUUUAACGGAAAGUUCCAGACUGAUGUGCCAUUUCCAUACAGCUGAUCUGCUCAGAGGCGUGGGGUUUCUUCAGAAUGCACCUCCUAAUUUAAAUGUGUUUCUCCAGAGCAGCAUUAAAGCCAUUGUGCCAUACGUGCCCCAGUUUCGGAUGACUGCUGCCAAGGUGCAAGAGACCACAGAGAACAGCUGUUAAGCCCUCACGCCUUAAUCUGAUGCUCUUUAUGGCUUUCUAAAUGUAGGUAUGUGCCCUGUUUUUCCCUCUCUUCACUUCUUUUAGGAAGGCUGGGUAGCUGAUCCUGUGCUUGAGUGACAGGAUUUUAGUAGGAAGAAAUUCUCCUUCUUGGCCUAACUUUCAAAUGUGGAGCCUUUUAAAAUAUAAUUUAUGUAUAAAUAUAUUCAAAGGUUUUCUAUUGGCCAUGCAGACCCAAGUAUGUGUCUCUCCAUUCAGGAGUAAAGUAUCUCUUUGGCAGACCUUGAGUGAGCUUGCUCUUGUUCCAGGUGUUGUGUGGGGAGCCCAAGACAGAGAGACCUCAUCCACAGUGUUAGCGAGGAGAUGAUGCGGAACGUGCUCAGAUCUUGUUUGGGAGAGAAACUCAUACUUGGUGUGUCACAGGGGAUGGGUUAGGGUUGAAUGCAGCAGGCUGAGCCCAUCAGGAUGUGCUGCAGCCACCAGACUCUUGUACUGCUUGGUUAUGGGGCACUGAUGUGCACCUGAGCCACGGGUAGGAAACAAGUGUGCCAAGCACAGCACCACGGAGGGUUGUGAGGCCCCCUCACACCCUGAUGUUCUGCAGUGAAUGGAGCCUGCAGAUACGCAGAUGGCCCAAAUGAAAGAGCAGUCAGAGACCUGCAGUUCAGUUAUUGGAAGGAAGGCUGUGACCAAUGGAGGCAAACUUGUGGCUGUUCUCCUGUUGUCUCUUUUAAAGUAAAAUCUCUUUUAAAGCAGAAGCAUCAAAGAGCUGUAAGAGGGGCUGUGAGGUUGGAGGCGUGUGCUGAACAGCCACUGUGUAUAAAGGAGAGGCGGCUGUUCCUGUGGCUGAGGGCUGCACGAAGAGGAGGGGAAUUAAAAUUCCUGUGGCCCCAUCACUGUGAGGUGUUACCUGGCUAACGUGGAGUGCCUGGAAAUGAAAUAACCAUAUUAUUGAUGAUGAACACAAGAUUCUGGUACGAAUGGUAUUGCAGUAGAGCUAACACUUCUUCCAAACCUAUUCCAUAAGAACCCCCAGCAGAAAUGGCAGUAACUUGAUCCAGAAAUCCUGUGUUUUAUCUGCAGCGAGCUCGCCUGUCUGUGUGGAUGUGAGGAAGUCAGGUUGUCCCCAGGAGCCCUGCUGAGCUCAGCCAAAGGGCUUCAGCUGUGAGGAGGAUCAGGUCCUGCAUCCCAGUGGCACCUUCUGGGAUACGCAGGUAAACAAAGCCGCAGGUUCGCAAGCCAAAUCUAUUUUUUCUACUUCAUAGUUGGGAAAUAUUUUUGUAUACAUACUUUUUCAAAGAACUAUUUUGGAAAGCUGUGACAGAUGAAAAUAUUGUGUAUUCCAAAGCUAAAUUUACGUGAAACUCACUUAGGCAAUGAAAAACAAAAGGGCAAAAUUCAUCAACAACAAUAAAUAGUAGAAGCGUGACCAUGUGUUAGUGAUAGGAAAUCCUGUGGAGCAAAAGGGACCAAAGCAAGGACAUAUUUGCAGAAAGCCCCUGCUGCUCCUUCUCAAACCAGCUGCUCAUUUGGCUCUUACUGGGUGCUGAAUGUGACAAACGUAAGGUACUGCUGCAAAAAGCACACUGUGUAGGAGGCAGCUGACCAGAGCUCCUUACUGCUUGGAAGCAGGACUGAAGGAAAAGCCUCAAGUCUUGAAAAGGAGGCUGCAGGCUGCAGCGGCCCUGUGGCAGGUGUCACAAAGGCUGACUUGUGGCUGCUCAGCUGGAACGAGCUGCGCUCCGGAAGGUGGCAGCAAGAGUGACACAAAGCUGCGGUUAGCAGCCAGCAGGAUGCUAACCUUAGAAUGCACCUGAAGGAAGAAAUUCCCUGCUGCUGGUGAACCUGAUGUGGCACAGCCUCAACAUGCUGGGAGCGAGCUGUGCACUGCCCUGCGUGUGGGCUCUGCUCUGUGCUCUGCCCUGCAGCUUUGGCACCUGGUGAGGCCAUGAGAUGGGCAGAGCUCUUCUGCCCUCCUCCCUCCCCUCCACUCCGCAGGGAUUCUUUGUGCUGCAGCUGAAUUUUGGGUAGACGACCCAGAUUUUUGUGCUUCAGCCACCUGCUCUGCUCUACCAGGGAUGGGAAGGCACUGGGAUUACUUGAGAGACAGUUUUGUCACUGCUGCUGCAGUACAGCCAUGCCCCCUCUGCCUGGAGGAACACUUCCCUGCCUGCUGCUGCUCUCUCAGCUGGGAAGUGAGCAGUGCAGUGCAGCUCGCUGUAGACCAGAAUAAUAAAGCCAUGGUUCAUCCCAA